AUGCUCGUUCUAUUGGGUUUAUUAUGUCUCUUUUCGGUCGCGCUCAGCGUCAACCUCAAUCACAAUCUCGAGGCUCGUCUGGAGCAAGAGGCCGCCGCCGGUCAUUUCCCUCCUCCGCGUCAAACCAACCAGCAUACCCAUGAUCCAACUAUCAUGCACGUCCACGGCACUUUCUACCUGUACAAUGUCGGCGAACACAUCUUCAUCCAUACCGCUCCUACCAUGGCUGGGCCAUGGAAGCACAUCGGCUCCGUGCUCGAUGCAAACUCCGUCAUUCCCAAGGGCGACCGUGCCGUGCCCUGGGCUCCCGAUGUCGUCUAUGUGGAUGGUACCUUCUACUGCUUCUACAGUGUAAGCAAGGCGGGUUGCCGAGACAGUGCCAUCGGUGUGGCGACUUCCGAUCACCCUGGACCGGGUGGUUGGUAUGACCAUGGCGCAGUCAUCCAGACAGGAACAGGCAAUGGCUCUGGCGUCUAUCCCUACACCGUGUCCAACGCCAUCGACCCCAGUGUGAUAGUCACUCCAGACGGAAAGCCGUAUCUCACCUUCGGCAGCUACUGGACCGGCAUCUAUCAGAUCCCACUCGACCAGACUCUCCUUUCUCCGAUGAGCACAUCCGACCCCGAUGCCAAACGCUUGGCCUGGGAACCCAAUGCUCUCGCCACCCCGGCCCGAUACACAACCUCGCUCUGCGGUGACCCCACCGGACCGCAUGCCAUCGAGGGCGCCUUUAUCUCGUACAACGAUGGAUUCUACUACUUGUGGUACAGCCACGGAUACUGCUGCAACUUGGACAAGGACCACCUCCCGCCCGCGGGCAACGAAUACAGCAUUCGCGUCGGACGGUCCCAGAACCCUCGCGGUCCCUUCUUCGACAAGUUAGGCAAGGACCUGACGGACGGCGGUGGCGAGAUUGUCUACGGCUCCAGCGGCGACACCUAUGCCCCCGGCGGGCAGGGCGUGAUCCGAAUCGGCGACGCCGACGUCCUCUACUACCACUAUCAAAACAAGACUGUCGGACUUGCAUUCUCGGAUGCGUUUCUAGGAUUCAAUCCAUUGAAAUACGUCAACGGGUGGCCCAUUGCGCUGGCCUAA